AUGUUGUCUAAUCAUAUUUAUCGUUUAGAAUCUAGCAGUGGUAUCCAAGUCAUUGUUCUUGGUGUUUUAGUAGCUAUUCUACUGAUUGUUUUCUACGGUCUUUCAAUUUUUUGUUGGGCUCGUCGAAGAAAAGAACAACCAAAAAAAGAGGAAAAAAGAAAUAGUGAAAAUAAUCUGUUACAACCCAAAUUAACACACGUAGCAUUUACUAAUGUUAAAGAAUCAACUCGUUUUUCAUCUUGUUUGAUUGUUAUUCUUAUGAUAAUUGUAGCCACAGUAUCAUUAGUUGUAAAAUGGUCACUUUUACAACCAAUUCAUAAUGAAUUAGUCGACAAAUAUAUACAGAAGGAACCAUUGUUUUAUGUAAGAAAUUCAUUUUGUAAUGCAAUUGAUUUGCAAGAUGGUUACAAUCUGAUAACAAUUUCUGUAUCGUGUUUUUGUAUAAUAAUUUUUAUCGUUUUCUCGAAACGAACUUCAUGUUUGCGAGGAAAACUAAAUGGUUUUAUCGGACCUGUAAUACCUCUUGAUUUUUAUGUUCAUGUAAAAAGAAAAUUUGCUGCGGUAGUAUUUGCUGUAAUUGCUGAUGAUCUUUUGGAUAUUGUUGUUCAAGUCAUAGAUGGUUCGACAUCACAAGGAGAAGGUGUAAUUGUUGUUUAUCUAUUACGAGUAGUAAAAAUAUUAAUUAUUGGUCUUCAUCAUUAUCCAACAUUAUCUGCUGUUUAUAUCGAUUCAAUUUUAGCUCUUGCAUGUGGAACACUUUAUACUUGGCUUGAUUUUAUUAUUUCAAUAAUUAAUCAAGGUCUAUGUGAAACAGAUUAUUAUCCAUCAGAUGAUAAUGUUGGUGAUACAAAUGGGUCCGAUCUAGAAUUAUUAUUCGAUUAUUAUGGUACAGGUCAAAAUCUAAUAAUCAUUGAACUUUUAACUGAUAUUCCACGAUAUCUAUGUUGGGCAUAUAUAGUGAUAAAAUUACCAAUAUUAUUAAUAAAUAAAAUAAAUGCAACAAUUAAGAAGAGAAAUCGAAAGGAAAUCAAUCGUAUUCAUUUAACAAGAGAAGAAAAAAUUCUUUUACAUUCAUCAGCUGCUCAUUCUGUUGAAAUGUGUUAUGUACGAAAUCUUUUUCGAGGAAAUAAUGAACAUCGAAAAAGUCGUUUAUUCAUAGGACGUUUAAUACCAAAAUUUAUUUAUGAAUGGCGAGAUGAUUUUCGUUUUUCAUCACGAAUAGUUUGUGUUUAUGCAUCCGUAUUUCUUCUUCUAUAUUUUAUGACAAUACAAGCAUUGAUUCGUAUUAUACCCGUUUUGAAUGUAUUUCAAGAAUUACUCGAAGUGGUAUUUGAUGCAAUAACAACAAUACGUGAUUCAUUAAAUAUCCAAAAAGAUUUUCCAAUGCCCAAUUUACUUCGUCCAUUUGUUUUUGCUAUAUUAACAGCAUUUGUAGUAACAGUAAUUCAAUUAUUAAUUCUAUUAGCAAGUAUUCGACGAAAUUUAUUUCAAAUCUAUCGUGGUGAUGAUUCAGAAAUUCCACUAAGAAAUAAAUCAAAAUAUCUUAGUUAUGCAGGAGGUAAUUUUCAUUUUGCUGGUUAUUUUAUUGGUUAUCUUAUAUGGGGUUAUGUUUUAAUUGCUGUUUUUGCAUUGAUUAUUUAUAUAUGUAUUGCUUCAUUUAUUACAUUUGGUAGCGUUAGAUUUCUUGAAAAAAUUCUCAAAUCAAUAAUACCAGUCGUAUUAUUAAUUAUUUUCAAACAAUAUCUUAAUAAUUUAUUAGCAAGAUAUGUUUUUUUACAACAUUAUGGAGAUAUAUUAGCAAUAAAUAAUCGGAGAAUAUUGAUGAUAUUUUUAUAUUUUAAUUUCUUUCUCGAUUCAUUUCUUGGUUUUGUUUCAUCGAUAGUUCGUAUUAUUAAAAGUGUUAUUGGUGGAUUUUUAUAUAUGACUCGUCUUGAUUAUUCACCAUUGGGUAGAAAACUUGAAACAUUAGAUUCAGGAUUUUCUGCUUAUUGUGGUUUUAUUCAUAUUGAAGCUGUUCAUCGAAAUCCAAUAAUGUUAGUAGCUGCAAGUUAUUUAUAUGGUCGAAUGAAAGCAAAACAAUAUGUAAUUAAUAAUCCGAUAGUAACAAUAGAAAAUGAAAAGAAUUAUUCAUCGAAAGCAAUUCGAAAAUGGCAUUUAGCAGUACUCUUAUUACGAAAUCCAAGAUUAGUAUUUUCAAGAAAAAAUGCUCUUCGUGAAAAGGAGAAUAAAAAUACGGAAGCAUUAAAUGCAAAACUACGAAGAUUAUCACUCAUUGAACAAAUAACCCAUCGACCAAGUCUUAUCUCAGAAAACGAUUUAGAAAAUAUGUGGCAAAAAUAG